AUGGAGGCAUUUGUCGACGGAACGACUUUCCAUCUACCGCUAUUCCUGCCGGCCAUCACGGGCAAGGGCGCCCGUGUACGGGAGUGUCUCGUGGGCCAUAGGAAAAUAUGUCUUUUGAUAGUGUGGCUCCUGUUCGUGCUCCUCAUCUGCGUGACCGUCAUCAUCGGCUCGUCCACGUCCAACGACCAAAUGCACAUCAACGCCACCAAUUUUGCCCACCAGCAUUUGACA